CCAAUCAGACGGCGCGGCGGUUGGCCUGUCCGUUAGUCCGCUGUCCUGUGGGCGCCGCGCCGGUUCUGGAAGGAUCCUGGGAGCACGGCCCUGCCGGGCGCGGGAGAGAUGUCGGGGCUGCUUCACACCACGCUAAGCGGGCUCAACAGCGACUCCUACUGCGAGAUCAGCCGUUACCGAGACCAGCACUUCCGGGGGAGCAAAAAGCUGCAGGAGAAGUUCCUGAAGAUCUCCUCCACGCUGUACGUGGGCAACCUGUCCUUCUACACCACCGAAGAGCAGAUCCAGGAGCUGUUCUCCAAGUGCGGCGAUGUCAAGAGGAUCGUCAUGGGGCUGGACAAGAUCAAGAAAACACCCUGCGGCUUCUGCUUUGUGGAAUAUUACACGAGAGCAGAUGCUGAACACGCAAUGCGAUUUAUCAAUGGCACGCGGCUCGACGAUCGCAUCGUUCGGACAGACUGGGAUGCAGGAUUCAAGGAGGGACGGCAGUAUGGAAGAGGAAAGACUGGUGGGCAGGUGCGAGAUGAAUACCGGACAGACUACGAUGUGGGAAGAGGCGGUUUUGGCAAGAUUAUACAGAUGCAGAAGGCAAAUCAACAGCCUGCAGUCUAUUAAUUGCCUCAUGGGUGUUAGCUCAUAGAGGGCUCUGCUCUUCUUGAGCUAGCCGUGUUCUCGCGUUUUGGAUUGGGGUAGGGAGUGAGAUCCAAGUUCCAGCCAAAGGUGACCCUCCUUAGACUGUGGAUAUACAUGUGUUCAUUCCCCCUUUCUUCUGGGUUAGAGAGGAUGUUCUGUGCUGAUACAGGGCAACAAGGGAAACAAAUGGACAACUGCAGCAUUCUGGUAAGAAGAAAUGCAGCAUGUCACACGCACCUCAUGCUAGGAUGCAUUCUGCAUUACAGCUAAGCAGGUGGCUUCUUCCGAGCCAUGAUUGCAGCUGUGGUUGCUCUCAGAUAAAACUUUGUGAACUGUGCCAUUGGAGCCCUCUGGGUGCCCGGGCACUUUGUUGGGAUGCACAGAACUUUCAGAGUUCUAAUUUACAAGCUCAUCUGCUUACAAAGCAGUAUCACUAUUUGUGUGAGAGAAGCUGAGCAAGGUCUUGCUGUCCACUUGGAGGUGCUUGCCUGUACAUCUAGCCCUUGGGUUGGUCAUGGCCUGCAGAGCCUUUCUCUUUAUGAUGCCCCAGUGCUGCCUGCUUUUUCAGAUCCUCACUGUUUGGCAUGAUUUUGUUAAAAGUUUCUUUCCAUUUUUUAAAUAAACAGUGAGUCCUGUA